GCCCACUGCACCCAAAUCUACCACCCAAACAUCCCACGAGCCUGCCAUAGCAGUGCGCCUUCAGGACCGGACUGAAGCUGGGAUUUUCAUCUGUCAGGAUGGGCCUUUUGUUGCUGCUCACCUCCAUGCUCCUGUCCAGCGAUGUGUGGUCCUUGAGAGGGGUGGACGCUCAGAGCUUGUUCGCCAUCCGCUCCAUCUCUCUGUCUCUGGAGCCUGGUGAGGACGUGACCCGGGACACUAACGUCACAGUGCGGUGCACCGCGGUGGUGAGCACUUCAGGACUCCAGCCUCUGAGCAGAGAGUACAACAUCUCCAAAGAUGGCACCACAAUUUACUCCAAAACCACCAGCAGUGAAGAGGACUUACUGUACCCCCUGCCCCAUGUCCGAGUGUCCCACACGGGCAAAUACAUGUGCAAGAUCAGCAUCGAGGGCAAGAGCCAGAAGAGUGAGGUGCGCAGGCUCAGAGUCACUGGUCUGUCCCCUCCAGUCCUCCAAGUUGAAAAGACCAUGCUGAGUGAAGGAGAGGAGCUUAAGGCCAGCUGCACUGCUCCUGGAGAAACUGGCGUUAUUAUGUUUUACUUUUACGAAGAUGGUAAAGAGAAGCAGGAAGAACGUGUAAAAACAGACCAUGUGGAGGUGGCGUUCCCCCUCAGUGGCCCUGGACACCACACCAUAGAAUGCUCCUACAGGGUCCUCCUCACCCCCGACUCCAUCCUGUCAGAGAAGAGCCACUCUGUGCGUAUCUCAGUCAGAGAGCUACCCUUCGUACCAGUCCUGGACAUCUUCCCUCAGUACGAAGUGUAUGAGGGGGACCAGCUGAGCAUAUCCUGUGGAGUUCAAGACACUUAUCAUCAUUUUACCUCAGUGAGUGUGUAUCUGAGCCAGGGCACUAACCUGCUGCAGCAUGGACAGACAAAAGUAAACCACACCAUGAAGGUUUUGGCCAGAGAUGCAGCAGAGUUUGAGUGUCGCUUAGCCGCUGGAAAGGUGGAGAAAGCCGUGACCAAGGCUGUCCCUGUCACUGAGCUGUUUUCAGUGCCCACACUGACCAUGACUCCAGUGGAGGUUUUUCAAAAAGAACUCAUGAAACUCAUUUGUAAAAGUGAUGAGGUUGCGUCUAAGCGAUUGUCCAGUGAAGACCUGACUUACUCCAUUGACCCUCAUCAGAUGCACCUGGUGGAGAAGGACAGAGGGGUGUUUUCUGGAAAAGCUUUAGCCGUGGAGUUCAAUUACAGCUGUAGGGCCAGGGCCAAGAACAUUGAGAAGCAGAGCAGGAUUCUCACUGUUCGCCCAAAAGUGGCGGUGUCUGUCCCGAAGAUCUCCGUUGUGGAUAGGGCUAUUAUUGGUAAACCCUUUAAGAUUCGCUGUAAGUCUGAUAAUGGCAGCCUGCCCAUAAACUACACCCUGAUGUUCAAGUACGAGGUUGUUGCCAUGGUGACAGUGAAGGUCCCGUCUGAGGAGGCUCUGUUCAAUGUGACAGUGUACAAAUCCGAAGACAUCAACAAGUUCAUAUGUGAGGCAACCAAUCGCCGCUCAGGUUUGGGUCCGCUCAGUGGCAACCUGGAUGCUACUGUCAUAGAGCCUCUGUCUCUGCCACUGUUGACAGUCAUCCCUCCCCCGCCUGAGAUAACAGAGGGCUCAAACCUCAUCUUCAUCUGCAGCAUCAGAGGCACGCCCCCGGUUACCUUUAAAGUCUAUCGCUCUGGUUACGACCUGCCGCUGUUUACCAAAACUUCUGCCGAAAACAACACUAGCUUUGAGAUCCACGGUCUGGUCAAGGAUCACAGUGGGACAUACUACUUUGAGGCCCUCAACCAUGCCAACAACAUUGUCAGAAGUAACUCAAUCAAAAUAGAGGUGCGCUUGGCAAUGUGGAAGAAGUUAGUGAUCGGGAGCUUCUGUCUGCUGGCCCUGUGUGUCCUGGUGGUGGUCUGCGUUCUCUGCUAUAAAACUCAAAGAGGUAAAAAGAAAGGAGCCUCUGAACUGUCAGUAAAGCCUGCAUACCCUAAAUCAGAUGAGACUUUAACAAUGAAUCUAACCCAUGAAACUCCGGUUUAUGACACGCCCACAGACGCAGUGCCAGGCUAUGAAGGCAUAGAGGGGAGAGUGACCAAUGGGACGAGAGCUAGCGUGGCGUCGCUACCUCCUAACACGAGCUACAGUGUGUCUGCUGCAGUUUAACUCACAAAAAGAUGGAUCUGAACUUUAUUUUGUAAAUGACUGAGAACUAAAUGGGAAGGAUCAUAGCAACUGGACUCUACUUGGCUUUUGGACUCUGUCAGAAGAGGCAUGCUGUAAACCAAAAAGACCUGUUGUUCCCUCUCCCCUCCACAGGCUUCUUUUGUACAUAACUAUUUAAACCCUUUGUCCUGUAUUUCUGACUGUUCUGUUUUCUGUGCUCCAUGUUCUGUUCACAUUUUUGAUAUUACUUGCCAGAAAAUGUACUAUGCUUUUCUGGGGACCAUUCAGUCUCUGUUGUAUUAUAAUUCAUACACUAUUUAUUUUUUAUUUGUGUUACUUCUCUGAGAGUUCGCACUUACUUCACUGUCACUGGUUAAAUCCAUGUGUCAAUCACUAAAGGUAUGCCCGCGGGUGACAAAUAGAAGGUAGAUAAUAUUUGUGUCUAAGAAUGGAACUACAUAAAGCACUUAUACACAAUGUUAGAAUAUCAAGUAGGCCUGUCACGAUAUAUCAUGACUAUAGCUUUAAUUACCUUAUCGUUCAGUUUAUAAAAAGUUGGAGCAAUAUAUUUUGGGACUCAGUAUCUAUUGUAUGUACAAUUUCUUUGUAAAAGUGGGCAGAUUUGUGCUAUUUUAGUGGUAAUACAAUAGAUUAGAUACAAAAGAUCUGAGCUGUAGAAGGUUGAAUAAGUGACUUGUAUGGCUAAUUAUUGGUUGAUUCUGUUAUUUAUCUGUUGCAGCUCAGGCCUUUUAAUGAUACCGUAUAUUUAAAAAUGAUUUGCUGGGAUUAUCUUGCCAAUGUGUCAGUGGCAUAAAUAUGCAAUAUCUCUCUGUAGCAAUAUAUAAUUUGUUAUCAUGACAGGCCUAAUAUCAAUACAAUACUACAAUACUCAAGUAUGUCGGUAUGUUUUCCAGUAUGGAUGUAAUUAAGUGAAUUUUAUCAUGUAAAAGCAGUUAAAGGCACACUAUGUAAUUAUUCUGUCAAGCACCUAUUUGUCACCAUAGAGAUGUUAUUGCUUUGCCUUGAAUGUUUCACAGUAAACCUAUCUAGCUCCACACAGAUAACCAGGCCUAGUUACUUCUGUGGAGUGUUUAAUUCCAUAUUGUGGAAUAUUCCAGGCAAAUGGAGACAAGCAGGUGGUAGACUCCCCACCAGACAUGUUACAGAGUGCACCUUUAAUUCACAUGUGUAGUUAUUUAAAUACAGUACAGUAUUGGUUGUUUAUUUAUUUUUCGAUUUCAGGGUCCAUAGUGGCUGGGUGGUAUGCAGAACAAACACUUUCAUUUUGCACAAUUAUGCCUUGUUAGUUCUGAUCAAGCCUUAAUCUGAUUUCCACAAACAGUCUGGCUCAGUUAUAAUCAUUGUUAAAAUAUUGCUGUAUAGUUCUUUUUACAAGAAAUGUUUGUAUAUAUUUUGCUUGAUUCCACUGGCAAAAGAGGCACUUAGAAUAAAGAUUUUAGUUUUUA